AUGCAGGACCCAGAUUACACAGCAGCAACACCACGCCUCCGCCCCGACCCCAACCGCGCUGGGCCGCCACAUCCUCCUCCCGCCGCUCCCUGCCCUCGCGAACGUAUGCUAACCGCUCCGCACCACAACCCUCAGACGUCCGAGACCCCGGGCUCCCACAGAGCGCUGGAACUGGAGCGCUUGUACGAGGCUCGUCGAGGCCAUGCUCCGCAAAUCUCCAUCAGCGACGACAGCCACCACAUCACCGAAGCCAUUGGAGACAUGUACGGCGAGAAUGAAUACAGCCGGAGCGAGUCACGGCCCUUGAGCUUCAUCAGCUCGCCCACCAGCGAGACUUUUGACCUGAGUCCCUCCUUUCCCGCCUCGCCCAACUCGCUCGAACGCUCCUCCUCCAACGAGCACAAGCACCACGCAAAUGGCCAGCCCGCCUCGCCCAACAUGCUCUCGCCCCGCAGCGACUCCUUCGACCGCUCCUCCGUCUCUCCCCCACGCCUGAACCGCCAGAGCUCCGACACCGCCAGCCAGGCAUUCGAGUUCCAGGACAUCGACUCGCAGUCCACCCCGGCCGCCGUGGCCCAGGAGCUGAGCAACCUACAAGCAAUCAGGCGCAUGUCCAUGGAUGUGCAUGGCUCUGAUCCCGAUCUGCCCUCGUUCGGCGACAGGCCGCCAAUGCCCGCUGCGGCGCCCGCACACGAAGCCGACGAAGACGAUCCCUCGCGCAUGUUCUGGGUCCCGGCCAGAGUACACCCGGAAUUGGCUCCGAAAGAGUUCAGGACGUUCAUCGAGGAGAAGGUCCAAAAACACCGACGGAGAUCAGGGGAUUCGGAUUCCAUGCUCUCGGCGGAUGGGCUGAGCCCGGAAGGGUCCAGUGGAGGGUUACGGAGGAAGAAGUCGAUGUUGUCCAAGCAGGUUGACGGACCCCACGGUUACCGAGAUGGUGCUGAGCGCUUGGAAAGAAAGAGGUCGCAGGCUAGCGACCACGCUCACAUGCCCACUCUGCACCAACUCGAGGCUGUGGAAGAGGAUGAUCCCGCACAAUUGAUACGGCGCAUGAGUCUGCGCGACUCGAUGGAUUCUGGUGUCGCUGGCGUCGAGAGCGCCGGGGAAGACGACGUUCCCAUACUUCCUGUCAAGCCUACCGGCAUCUUGAAGCGAUCCACGCGCACGAAUUACAGACGUGGCAGUAUACGCAAAGGAGAAAGGGUUCCUUUCAGCCGUAGGAUGGGAAAACAGGGCGACACUGACACUGAUGAGUCCCCUGUCUCGUCACCCAUCGCUCAGGAACCAGAAGUGAAAAGGGGAAUUCAGAGAGUCCAGACGGAACCAAUGCCUUCGAAAGCUGAUCAGCCAGAGAACUUCUCACGCCCCACACGGCUACGCUCCCAGGCUCAAGGCCCCAAUGCACCGCAGACUGAACCUUCACGGCCCCGAUCCGCGGAAGAACGGCCAGCUAGCCCUCCCGAGCAACACGGUCAGACCUCGCCUCCGCAACAGGAUGGACAGCGAAGAUACCACUCCCGCAUUGCAUCCAACGGCCGUACGACCGCACUCCUUCCCGGUUAUAAUGUUCCCAUCGACUCACCUGUCCUCUCUUCCACAGCAGCCCCGGUUCCCCAGAUCGUCGAGACACCUCCCGCGCCGGCCGACGUUCCGCCUCCUAUACCAGCACAACACCCGGAGCGCAAGUCUUCGAAAGUGCAAGUUGACCACUCGGCAUCACAGAAUCACGCGCCCGUCAAAAUGCCUCCGCAGCCAGUCAGAGGCCUUCCUCCAGGACGACAAAGCUUGCGGGAGAAGGCUGAGAAAGCGCAAGCCAACAAAAUUCCAAGUCAGUCUCUUGAUGAAAUGGCAUCACACCCCACAGCUAUCCCUGGCCACACUAGCGCGACAAGAUCCGACUCACUUGCAAUUAUUCCAACAUUCGCAGAUGAAUCGAAAUCGGACAAGGGCGACAAGAAGUCCAGGAACGCUGCCGCCGCCGCCGACGACGAUGAUGAGGAAUCUGGCGGCAGGAAGACCAGCUGGGGUUGGUUUUCGCGUAAGAACAAGGAAAAGGAAGAGGAAGAAGAGCGCGAAAAGAAGACCAAGGAUGAGAAGGAGCACAAGAAGACCAAGUCAAAGCUUACCAAAUCCGCUGACAAGUCACACGACAAGCACGACAAGCACGAGAAGCGCGACAAUGCCCGUUUGGACGUGUUGCAGGCUUCAAUCGAUGAUGGACGUGGAAGGGAAAGCCUUGUUCUCGACCGCAACAACAUCAAGCUUGACGAAGAGCGCCAAAAGACGAGUAGCCGGAAGACUUCGAGCGAAAAGAAGGAGAAGGAGGGCCUCUUCUCGUCCAUCUUCGGUGGAAAAGCAAAGAAGGGAGAAAAGGAGGCUCACGGAAGCAGCAAGAAAGCAAUCUCAGCACGUGGCCUAUCCCCCGACCCCCCGCAGCGCGUGCUGCGGCCAGACAUUGACUACAACUGGACCCGAUUCUCCAUCCUUGAGGAGCGUGCCAUUUACCGGAUGGCGCAUAUCAAGCUCGCCAAUCCUCGCCGAGAGCUUUAUUCCCAGGUAUUACUCAGCAACUUCAUGUACUCAUAUCUCGCCAAGGUCCAGCAGAUGCACCCGCACAUUCAAAUCGGCCAGUCGGCGGCUCAGAAACAGCAACAACGACUGGCUCAGGAGCAAAAGAAGAGAGAGGAAGAACAGCGUCGUCAGCAACAGCAACAACAGCCGGAAGAGUUCAAACAGUACCAGAUGUACCAGGAUCAACAAGCACGAGUGGAGGCCAAAGAGGGAACGUCUGAAGGUACGGCAUAUCAACAUGGAGACAAUCAGUACCUCAACGACCCCUCACACGCAUCACAACAUACACAGUACAAUAGAACGAACGGCAACGGAUACAGUGUUUCGAGCGGGUCCAGUUACCUCGGCCAACCCGGAGCACAGCCACAACAAGCGUACUAUGAACCACAGUACGAAGAUGACGACGGCCGCAGUGAGAUGUGGUAG